UCGUUUUAAGCUAGUUGCUUUUAUUGUUGUCUUUUAUGUACAUUGCAUAAACAUUCCUCAAGUGCUUUAAUCUGCAAACAGCACAUGCACUUUUCACAUUACUAUUUUGUUAUUGAUGCUUGUGCAUGGACUACUUUGCAUCUUUUGUAAAAUAAGGUCAGUAUUAUUAACAGGACACACUUUAAAUAGAACUAUAAUACUGUUAUUGCACAGAUGAUGAUAAACAUGAUGGUACUAUUAUAUAACAUUGUGCUGAAUAAAUAUUCACUGUGCAGACGACGUUAUAUGCGUUUGAAGCGCACUCCUGUGGCUGACAGAGAUCCACAGGGGGGCGCUGUUAUUUCGUCUCAAAUCAAGUGAUCUGUUUAGUCCCAAUGUCUUCAUAUCAUCACUGACCGAACACCGGCCGCAUCGGACGGUCACGGAUCACGGAGAGGGGGAGCCAUGUUGCGGUUUGUAGCGGGGCAGGCAGGCCGUCACACCGAGCUUUGAGCGCGGUGACAGUGGAGUGACAGCGCUCCAUCUGUAGCAGUAGAAUAGCGGGAAACCACGUCCAGCCAACUGAUCGUUUCGGAGGUUUUUGACAAAAGCAGUCUGUUUCGAAACAUUUACGGCCUGAAGAGAUGCCAGAUAAAACAAGUUGAACCAGGAGCCCUGACCGCGGGAAAAAUAGCCGGUGGUCGCUGCAGUGCUGGAACAGAGAAAGACGGAGAAGACAAUCAAUCUAGUGGGCUGCACCACUGACUUGCUGCAUCACAACAUAUCCUGCGAAUCAGGCUGCAGCCUCAUCCGUCUCCAUGGUGACAAAGCUUCCUCAGUACAGAGGAGGAGGAGACAGGGAGCGAGAAGAGAAAAUAUGGAAAGAGGUGCCUGCUGGUGGAACCGAGAGGCCAGGUGUUCUUUUUGAGGAGGCACGCAGAGGAGACAUGGAGGAUGCUGGGGAAGGUGCAUGGACUGCAAAUGCGGGAGAACAAUCUGCAGUGACAGUUCCUGAGCCUGGUGCAUGGGCUGGGUGGUUGUGCUGAGCUCUUGUCAUCUGUCAGGUGUGGAUCCCAAUGACUCCUGUCUAUCUUUUUGACCAUGUUAGUCAGGUCGUGACUUGAACCAUCAGGCUCCUCUUGUACUCCUCACGGUGUGGACCAAAACAUAAAGACAACCAUGCUGAUAAAGGAGUAUCGCAUCCCCAUGCCCAUGAGCGUGGAGGAGUACCGCAUCGCGCAACUCUACAUGAUUCAGAAAAAGAGUAGAGAGGAGAGCUGCGGUGAGGGCAGUGGUGUAGAAAUCCUGGAGAAUAAGCCUUAUGAGGAUGGACCCGGCGGUUCGGGUCAGUACACACACAAGGUCUAUCACAUUGGCAAGCACAUCCCCUCCUGGUUCUGUGCCAUCUUGCCACAGGCAGCGCUUCGAGUGGAGGAGGAGUCGUGGAACGCUUACCCAUACACACGCACGCGAUACACAUGUCCAUUUGUGGAGAAAUUUUCAAUAGACAUAGAAACAUAUUAUAAACCUGACACAGGAAAUCAAGUGGAUGUUUUCAAUCUGUCCUCUGCUGAGAAAAGAGUAAGGACAAUAGAUCCCAUAGACAUAGUGAAGGACUACAUUGCCCCUCAUGAGUAUUUAGUGGAAGAGGACCCUAAAUUAUAUCAGUCAAUCAAGACCAAACGGGGGCCACUAUCUGAGGACUGGAUUGAAGAAAUCAACCAAAACCCAGGUCAGAACCCAGUCAUGUGUGCCUACAAGCUCUGCAAAGUGGAAUUCAGAUACUGGGGGAUGCAAUCCAAAAUCGAACGCUUUAUACAUGAUGUUGGUCUGCGUAAAGUGAUGGUGCGGGCCCACCGACAGGCGUGGUGCUGGCAGGAUGAAUGGUAUGGCCUGACCAUAGAGGACAUCAGGCUGUUAGAACUGGAGACUCAGCUGGCUUUAGCUAAAAAGAUGGGUCAAUACAGCCUGAAUGAGGAGGGAGGAGCAGAGACAAAUGGCUCUUCUCUGAGUCCAGACCAGGAGCAGGGAGCAGGGACAAUGGGACCAACCGCAGAAAAUGAGGGAGGGGCAACUAAAAUGGUGGAAUCACUGGAAACAAGAGGAGAACUCACCAAACAAUGGUCGACGUCUUCCAGAUCCUCCAACCGCUCGUCCAAGAGAGGAGGAAGUCCCUCACACCAAAGCAUAUCUGAAUGGAGGAUGCAAAGCAUUGCUCGUGACUCAGAGGACAGCACAGAUGAUGAAUUUUUUGAUGCACAUGAAGACUUUUCUGACAAUGAAGAAAUAUUUCCCAAGGAGAUUACAAAGUGGAGCUCAAAUGAGCUAAUGGAUAAAAUUGAAACAAUAGAGGUGGAUGAAGCACAAGAAACCUUAUAUCAGGAUUCAGGAGGAGAGUAUUCUGUUCUAAGUAAUGAGGAGACACACAUAGAUGAUGGUUCAUCUCAACAGUGUCUUCAGGCAUCCAAAAUUCAUGUCCUUAUUUUGGUUCUUCAUGGAGGAAACAUUCUGGAUGCUGGCUCUGGGGACCAAAACAGUAAACAAGCAGAUAUAAACACUCUGAGUGCUGCUUUUGACACUGUCAUGAGGGUUCAUUACCCCACAGCACUUGGCCGCAUUGCCAUUCGGACAGUUCCAUGCCCAGCUAUUUGUGUGGAGGCAUUUUCUCUUGUCUCAAAUCUUAGCCCCUACAGCUAUGAUGAAUCCUGUCUAUCCAGUAGUCAGGACCAUAUACCCCUUGCUGCACUGCCCCUGCUGGCAACGUCAGCCCCUCAGUACCAGGACGCUGUAGCCACAGUUAUCCUGCGAGCCAACCAGGUGUACAAUGACUUCAUCAAGUCUUUAGAAGGGGCUCCAUUUACUGGACAAGUGUGUGUUAUUGGGGACUGUGUCGGUGGGAUCUUGGGCUUUGACGCUCUCUGCAGUAGCUCAGUAGUUGUCUCUGAAAGCCAGAACAGCAGCAGACGAGGCAGUGCCAUCAGUGUGCAGGACACAGACCUCUUGUCUCCAGGUAUUGUGAUAAACAGCAUCUCCCCAUCUUCACCAACUCUAGAAGGAAGUCGACAUCUCAGCAGAAGCAACAUUGAUAUUCCUCGAAGCUCAGGCCAAGAUGAUCCCAAGAAACAGCUCCCUCGCAAACGCAGUGACUCCUCCACAUAUGAACUUGACACCAUUAAGCACCAUCAGGCUUUUCUUUCCAGCCUUCACUCCAGUGUUCUCCAUGGCGACCCUGGAUCACGACGCUCCAGCAACAGUACUAUGCUGGAGGGAGGCUCUUUGGGGAAGUUUGACUUUGAGGUGACAGACUUCUUCCUGUUUGGGUCUCCCCUGGGACUGGUGCUUGCACUGAGGAAGACUGUGGUGCCCUCAUUAGAUGUGUCAGCCCUGCGCCCGGCCUGUCAGCAGGUUUAUAACCUCUUUCAUCCUGCUGAUCCUUCUGCAUCGCGCCUGGAGCCCCUCCUGGAUAAGCGCUUUUACCUGCUCCCACCCUUUAACAUCCCACGAUACCAGCGCUUUCCACUGGGGGAUGGUCACUCAGCACUGCUUGUUGAAACAGUUCAGAGUAACCCUCAGCUCCUGAUGGAUUCUGGAAGUGGAAUCCCCAACCGCCUCCAGGACGGAGUCGUCACUGAAACCUCUAUUCCAGUACCUGUGCUUAACUGGCAAGUCACACAGCCCCAAAUUGACUUGGAUUUGCUUCAUUCUCACUCCUACUCUGAUGGCCCAUGUCCGUCACCAGGGGCGCCACACCUACGUUGCACCCGCAGGGCCAGCGAGGCCAGCAUUGCUAGUCAGGUGUCAGGCUUAGCUGACUCAUAUACCGCAUCCAACAUUGCCACAAUUGCUUCACGCUGGUGGGGCAGUAAGAGGAUGGACUAUGCCCUAUAUUGCCCUGAUGCACUGACAGCAUUUCCCACAGUAGCCCUGCCUCAUCUCUUCCAUGCCUCCUACUGGGAGUCAACUGAUGUGGUGUCUUUUCUCCUAAGACAGAUGAUGAGACAUGAAAACUCUAGCAUUUUGGAGCUUGACGGAAAAGAGGUGUCAGAAUUUACUCCUUCAAAACCUCGGGAAAAGUGGCUUCGCAAAAGAACUCACGUUAAGAUUCGGAAUGUAACGGCCAACCACAGAGUUAACGAUUCUGUGUACUCAGAGGAUGGGCCCCAGAUGGUAACAGGCCGUUUUAUGUAUGGCCCUCUGGACAUGGUUACCCUUACAGGAGAAAAGAUUGACAUUCACAUCAUGACCCAACCUCCAUCUGGAGAAUGGGUUUAUUUUGACACUGAGCUUACCAACAGUAGUGGACGUAUCUCUUAUGUAAUACCCGAGUCCAAGAGACUGGGCAUAGGUGUGUACCCUGUCAAAAUGGUGGUGAGGGGGGACCACACAUUUGCAGACAGCUAUCUCACCAUCAUCCCACGGGGAACAGAGUUUGUCGUAUUCAGUAUUGAUGGAUCAUUUGCUGCCAGUGUUUCUAUAAUGGGUAGUGACCCAAAGGUUCGGGCUGGGGCAGUGGAUGUCGUGAGGUACUGGCAGGAUUUGGGAUAUCUGAUAGUAUAUGUCACAGGACGUCCUGAUAUGCAGAAGCAGAGAGUUGUAGCCUGGCUUUCUCAGCAUAACUUUCCUCAUGGGAUUGUAUCUUUUUGUGAUGGACUGGUUCAUGACCCUCUUCGACACAAAGCCAACUUUCUCAAGUCACUGAUCACUGAAGCUCACAUGAGGACCUUUGCAGCGUACGGUUCCACCAAGGACAUCUCUGUGUACUCUUCUCUUGGGGUCCCACCAUCCCACAUCUACAUAGUCGGACGACCAACAAAGAAAAUGCAGCACCAGUGUCAGUUUAUUUCUGAUGGCUACGCCUCUCACCUGUCUCAGCUAGAGUACAAUCAGAGGUCUCGACCUGCCAAGUCAGCUAGUACACGCAUGGUCCUCCGCAAAGGCAGCUUUGGCUUGAAUGCAGCUGGUGGGGACUUUCUGCGUAAACGAAACCACAUAUUUCGCACCAUUUCUUCACAGCCUGGCGGAACAGGGCCAGGCUCACCCAGCCAGCUGGGCCGCACUGAGAGGACUCAGAGCCAAUGUGAGGUGGAGCGAGAGCGAGGGGUCAGCACCGCCACUCAAAGGAGCAUGAGCAUCGCAGCGGGAUGUUGGGGACGCAGUGGCAGCACCAAGGAGGGCAGCGGGGGUCUGCUGGGUCCCAAAUAAGGGUUAAGCUGCGAUAGUGUUCCACCAUGAUCCCUGAACAAGAAAGAAAGCUGAAUUAUGUUCUCAGAAGAUUAAAGGGAAGAUUAAUAAAUCAUCGAGAGUGAGUGGAUAUGUGAGAACAAGAAAAGACAUUUCUGUAGCAUGACUCUUUUUAAGAACACACAUCUAAAGGAUUCAUUUCCCAUUUAUUGUAAGCCUUAAACCAGUCUCAUACAAUGGGAACUCCAGUUUCUGCACACAGAUACUAUCAUGAACUCAGGACAUCAGCAGAGCUACUUUUAUGAACACUCACAGUGUGUUUAGGGCCAAAUCUUUCAGAAGCCAAUACUUACAUUUUCUGCCUCCAGAUUGUUGUUUUUGAGAAAGCCCUCAAAAACCUUUAAAAAACAGAUCGAACUCAGACAUUUUUAAAUUAAUGCAGUUUGACUGAUAAGGCACUUUUCUAUCAAAUUACAACAAAUUUAUUACAAAGUUAGUAUACUGUUUGCAUUUAUGAAUAGUGAAGUAUUUCAAUUUGGUCACAUGACUUCUUUUGUGGAGUCUGAACACACAAAUAGUGAUGCAAAAGUUCUUGUUUACACAUUGUAGGUUGUUUGAUUGACAUAGUAUGGCCAAUUGAAUCUGUUACAUGGGCAAACAAUAGGCAUUCCUAUAGCAAGAAGUAGAAUUACACUUAAAUCAAUUCAUUAUUCAUUACUGCAUCCCAUUUCCAAAGAUUGCCUAUAUACUAUAUAUUUAAAGCAGUCAGUUCAAAUGUCUGUGCUUGAGUCAUGAUACAGGUGCUUGUGCCUGUUUCAGUGAACACUGGGAUAUCAACAUGAUGUUUGCCUCUAGGUCCUAAUGGCCUUUAUAUUCAGAUGGACAGGAAACAACUCAGACUCUGUACAGUCCACUGCAGUGAUCCCUUUACAUUCAUGCUUGCAAUACCUCUGAUCCGUCCAGUGGUGGGUUUUUGUUCUCCAGGUGGUGCUGCUGGGAGACAGCCCCUGACUUUUUGCUCUUGAGACAAAAAGGACACAGAUAUAUUCUCAAAGCCAACUUGGAAAUGACAGCGGUGGGGCCUUUGCAUAGACUUCCUUUACAGAUACAGAAGCGUUUUUAAUUUUUGACCAAAUGAUUGAGAGGCCAGUUGCUGCAGUGCUCACUUUUGAAGUAUAAGUGAAUGGGUACUUUGCAGAAAAGGUAGCCAGUGUGUGAUGUUUUUCUUUUCUGUAUUGCCAGAUGAAGAGGCCAUCUCACAUUUUCAACCUCAAGUCUGUGUACAAGGUGUAACAACCGUGUGAUAAGGGUUUGUGGAACUUCUGUUUAAUUGUUUUACAAUAAUUUCCCAAGAUAUAAGAUGGAAAUCAGUUUCCACCCUUACUGGACAAUCCAAAAACCAAAUGCAUAUUUUAUUACUGUAGGCUCAACUUUGUAACCUCAUUGAUAUUUUUUGCACUAGUUUACAGUAAAGCGAUACUGUAGUUAUUACCAUUUCAUGUUGCUACACUUAACAUAUUUGUAGUGCAUGGCAAUUAUUAUAUUUCAGGGUUAUUUUUUUUGCAGAAAUUCAGAAAUGUACAUUAUGUGAGGGCAUGAAAAUGAGGUAAAUGUGCCAAAAAAGUACACUUGUAGAAGUUAAUCUGUGUUUAACCUUGCAAGAGGGGCUCAAAAAUGAGAAUAUUUUAAUAAAUAAAUUUAUAAUUCAUGCAAUUUUAAAGAAAAAACGGUCAAGUCAAGCCAAGAUUGAGCAUGUUGCUGCAGUCAUGUCCAAAAGACUUGAAUGAGCAUAUGUCAGUAGACAUUUCUAUUGUUUUUGUUGUGCUCUUAAAGUAAGGUUCUGAAUGCAAAGACACUGAGCUCCUCUGAUUAAGAUGAAUGUUUGUCAAUUUGAUGUUGUUCAUGAGAAGUGGACAUUUGUUGUACAUAAUGUAAAAAUGUACCAUUUAUUUGUAUAUACGUAUGACUAACAUGGCUAUUUAUUUACCUAAGACCAUGAUGAUACUAUGACAAUAUCAGGUAAAUUAUAUUUGAAUUAUGUAGCAUUUUAUUCAUUACUGGCAGUAAUUAAAUCUAUGG